AAGAUACACCCGGAAUCAAUUCGCGUUCUCUUCAUGUUCCUAGUUAUUGACUGCAAUUUCGUUAUGGAUGUGAUGUUUUCAGUGGGUCCCAGAAAUGAGCGUUUUGCGGCUACAGUUAGACGAUUCUCGCCGCUUCGCUUGCCUGGCUGCACGCCAACCUCUUGCUUCGUCGCCAUUACCAUCACUGCAUUUCAACCUCUCAUGUCAUCGCGUCAAAAUUUUCAAUCCCACGCCCACCCUAGCAUUUAAACCUCUCUCUAACAGUUAUUUUGCUGAUUGAUUUGAUAGAUUGGUUGACUCUCCCCUCCCCAUGGUAGAUAUCUGAUUCUUCGUUUUCGUUGUCCCUUUCGCUAUAUACUGAUUGAAACUGCAAUAAAUUUUCUCCUGCAACAAUUGAAGAUCAAGUAGAUUGAGAAGAUUGAGAAAGGUGACCAUGGAGCCUGGGAAUAUUGAAUCUGGGCUCAGAAGAAGUGCAUCUUAUGCACGUUCUAGCAGUUCCCGUUCUCUGGGGAGGAGUUCUCGUAACUUGUCAUUUUCUAUUCCCCCACAGCCAGAAAGUGAUGAUGGCAGUGAAUCGGUAUCAGAAGCGGGAGAUAUUGGUGAUAGGGUAAUUUGCAGCAAUAGGUACAGUGGGAGUGGUAGGGUAUUCUUUUCUGCUGAAAAUGCAGCAGAAAGUGGUAUGGUUGUACCUAUUGCAGAGGAAGGUAUCUGGUCUCAAGAUCAAAUCGCUACAAACAAUGUUUCUCCUGUAUCACCAUCUAUCCCGGAUAUUGCAUUGAAGGAUUGCAAAAAGGAGGUGCCAUGGUGGUUGGAAUACUUUUCAAGCUUACUGUUUCUUGCUGUUUUCGGAAUACUAGGGGUUUUGUUGAGGUAUGCUCUUCAAAAAUUGUUUGGACCGGGAAAUAUUGGUGCCACAAGUGAUCGAAGCUAUAUGUAUGUUGACCUUCCUUCUAAUAUGGUUGGUUCAUUUUUAAUGGGUUGGUUUGGCGUGGUUUUCAAAGGACAAAUUUCCAAAAUUUCAGAUCAGUUGGCCAUUGGAUUGUCAACUGGUUUUCUGGGAAGCCUUACUACUUUUAGUGGUUGGAACCAGAAGAUGCUUGAUCUCAGUGUUGAAGGUCGAUGGGGAUUUGCAGUACUUGGCAUUCUUAUAGGCUUGUUUCUUGUAGCCUACUCUAUUAUUUUCGGUAUUGAGACUGCAAAAGGCUUUCAAUGGAUUUUGAGUACGAGUAAAAAUCCCAGCUCUGAAAGCUCUUGGAAGAUGAACAAUUUCAAACGGCAAAUGACAGUUUCAUUAGCAUUGCUGCUUAUUCUGGCUGCUCUAUGGAGCAUGUGUAUAGCACUGGAGGCCAACGAAUUUAAAAGAGGCAACACCGAAUCCCAGUUGUGGUUGGCUUGCCUUGUCGGACCAUUUGGUGUCUGGAUCCGGUGGUUCUUAGCACGAUUAAAUGGACGAGGCCUGGGGAAAUCAGGCUUGCUGAAAUGGGUACCCUUUGGAACCUUGAUCGCCAACGUCUCUGCAGCCUGCUUCAUGGCGGCUCUAGCAACCUUAAAGAAAGCGGUGAAAACGAAGGACUGCGAUACCGUUGUUGCAGGGAUUCAGUUUGGGAUGUUGGGUUGUCUUAGUACAGUGUCCACCUUCAUUGCUGAAUUCCAUGCAAUGAGAGAGAGCAAAUACCCAUGGAGAGCAUAUGCAUAUGCCAUGGCUACAAUACUUGUAUCUUUUACUUUAGGGACUUUAUUAUACUCUGUACCAGUCUGGACAAAGGGAUACUAACUAGAGGAUUAGAGGAUGAUGUUUAUGCAAAAUCCAAGCUAGAAAUAGGGGAUCUAAGCUAUUAGGGGGAAAUUUAAAGUGAUCAUGAUACAUUGUGAUUUAAUUAUGAAUAUGUUGAGUAAACUGCAUGAGCUUUCUUGGUAAAAUCAGAGUCUGAAACACUAUUUUGGUC